CUCACCGAAGUCUUUAAGGGCUUUGACAUUAUCGCAUUAAACAUGUUAACUUCUUGUUAAGUUCUUAACACGGAAGAUAAGACGGUGUAAAUUGCUAGAUCCACACACUUAUAGGACUUUUGAAUACCCCUUUUUUGUUUUGUUUUUUGUUUUAUAGAUGACAAAUACAUUGAACGUUUCUUUUGGCAAAACCUAUUUCCGGAUUCAAAUCUCAGAGAUUGCAUUGAAUUGUCAUACCAGUCUGGCUCGGCGAAGUAUUCUUGGAAUCCUAGAUCGCUCCUAGAAGAAAAUGCCUUACUCUGUCAGUAUGAUCAGUCUUGCCAGAGUGUUGGACUUAGCCAAUCCGACAUGGUAUUAGAAUACAUGGGCACCUGUUUCCAAUUCCUGGAUGUUUCGAGGAACUGUGAUGACGGGGCCGAAGAGUGUAAUGGUAGAGGAGGAUUUCUGGCUGAAAUACUCGAUGAGAGCACUAAUGCUUUAUUGGUAGACCGAGCCCUGUAUCUGCGAGACCUAGGCGUAAACACGGCAUGGUGGAUUGGUGGUUAUGACGAAAACUCCGGACGGUCCUGGUAUUGGUCUGAUAAAACCCGAUUGAACUAUGAGGAAUGGAACGAUCACCAACCUAAUAAUGUUAACCAAGACCAAGACUGUGUAGAAAUGAGAAGCGAAUUUCAGUACCGAUGGAAUGACCAAUCUUGUUCAGACCAAAUUCGGACUCUAUGUCAAAUUGGAAUUCCUGCCUGCGGUGACCCAGGUGAACCUUUGCAUGGUAGUCGUUUACCAGACGAUAGAACAACUUACUCUGUCAGUGCUACUCUUCAUUUCACCUGUCAGGAGGGCUAUACAUUAUCUGGAGAAAACGUUUUAAGAUGUAUGAAUAAUGGAGCAUGGAAUCAUCAAAGACCAUCGUGUGAAGCUGUCGAAUGUGAAGGAAGCCCACCACAGGUCGUCAAUGCAUCAACCCUGAUACUAGGAUCAGAUUAUCAAGAUAUAGCUGUAUACACCUGUCAAGAUGGUUAUAUUCCUGAUCAGGAACCAAUCAGCUUCUGUCAGCAUACAGGCAACUGGAGUAUCCCUAACUUUACAUGUUCAGACAAUCCAAAGGGAAAUACAUCACCUAAUGGAGGUGAGUAA